AUGAAGCACAGACACAAGAAGAUUGAUGUAGGGGUGAACAGACACAAGAAGAUUGAUGUAGGGGUGAACAGACACAAGAAGAUCGAUGUAGGGGUGAACAGACACAGGAAGAUUGAUGUAGGGGUGAACAGACACAGGAAGAUUGAUGUAGGGGUGAACAGACACAGGAAGAUCGAUGUAGGGGUGAACAGACACAGGAAGAUCGAUGUAGGGGUGAACAGACACAGGAAGAUCGAUGUAGGGGUGAACAGACACAGGAAGAUGGAUGUAGGGGUGAACAGACACAGGAAGAUGGAUGUAGGGGUGAACAGACACAGGAAGAUGGAUGUAGGGGUGAACAGACACAGGAAGAUGGAUGUAGGGGUGAACAGACACAGGAAGAUGGAUGUAGGGGUGAACAGACACAGGAAGAUGGAUGUAGGGGUGAACAGACACAGGAAGAUUGAUGUAGGGGUGAACAGACACAAGAAGAUUGAUGUAGGGGUGAACAGACACAAGAAGAUUGAUGGAGGGGUGAACAGACACAAGAAGAUUGAUGGAGGGGUGAACAGACACAAGAAGAUUGAUGGAGGGGUGAACAGACACAAGAAGAUUGAUGGAGGGGUGAAGAGACACAAGAAGAUUGAUGGAGGACACAAGAAGAUUGAUGUAGGGGUGAACAGACACAAGAAGAUUGAUGUAGGGGUGAACAGACACAAGAAGAUUGAUGUAGGGGUGAACAGACACAAGAAGAUUGAUGUAGGGGUGAACAGACACAAGAAGAUUGAUGUAGGGGUGAACAGACACAGAAGAUUGAUGGUGAACAGACACAAGAAGAUUGAUGUAGGGGUGAACAGACACAAGAAGAUUGAUGUAGGGGUGAACAGACACAAGAAGAUUGAUGUAGGGGUGAACAGACACAAGAAGAUUGAUGUAGGGGUGAACAGACACAAGAAGAUUGAUGUAGGGGUGAACAGACACAAGAAGAUUGAUGUAGGGGUGAACAGACACAAGAAGAUUGAUGUAGGGGUGAACAGACACAGGAAGAUUGACGUAGGGGUGAAUUAA